UGUGAUAAAAUUAAUUUAAAAGUUUUUUGAAACAAUCUCAUUUUUUUCAAACUAAUUUUAUUGUGAUUAUUAUUGUGGAGGUUAGAAGACAUUAUAACAUAUCUUCAAUAUCAAUAUAAUGAGGUUGAUUACCGCUACCUCGUCGAUUAUUAUGAUCCUAUGGAUUUUGACUAUGAGCAAUUUAACAUGCAGUAAGAGAUUAUUGAUCAUUACUCCAGCCCCAUCUUAUAGUCAUCAGAUAGUAUUUCGGGCACUGUGUCUCGCUUUGAAUAAACGGGGUCACGAGAUAGUAACAUUGACCCCAAACAUUUUAAACGAUUCUAGCCUAAUCAACUAUAAGGAAAUAGACUUCGGUUUUGUAUAUGAAAAAAUCGAUGAUACUGAUUUGAGUCAGACUCGUUGGAAUCUCACGCAAUUGGGAGGAUUAAAAACAAGAUUAUUGAAAUUGGGCCAUGAUAUCGCGGAAGAUGUUCUUAGUCAUCCUGAUUUAUUGAAAUAUUAUGCGAAUGAAACGAAUGUACAAUUUGAUGCGGUGAUAGCUGAAAUGAUUAUGACUCCUGCAAUUUAUAUGCUGGCGCACAGAUUUCAUGUUCCUUUAAUAGGUAUUAUGUCUAUGGAUUUGCAAAACUGCCACCGUUUCAAUUUCGGCAGUCCUGUGCUACCAUCGCAUCCAUCUAAUUGGGAGCUCGAAAAUGAUACAGGCUUGAAUAUUCCAUUUUGGAAACGGUUAAAAAAUUUUAUAAAAACUUGGUGGCUCAUACAGUCUUGGUUUAAUACAUUUGCAUUCAAGCAACAACAAAUUGCCGAAAAGUAUUUCGGCAAAGAUAUACCGAAUAUCAUCGACGUUGCAAAGAACAUGAGUCUUAUUUUAAUUAAUCAAGAACCAGUGCUAGCAUAUGCGAGACCCGAGAUACCUAAUAUUGUAUAUUUCAGUGGAUUACACAUCAAAAAGACACCGCCGUUGUUACCGAAAAAUUUAAAAGACUUCUUGGAUGGCGCAGUAAAUGGCUUCAUUUAUAUGAGUCUGGGAACAAACGUGAAAAGUAAAUUAUUGCCGAAGGGAAUGCUGGAGGUGUUUACCAAUGCCUUUGCCAACUUACCUUACAAAGUACUAUGGAAAUUCGAAAGCGACGAUUUUCAUGUACCUUCUAAUGUUUUUAUUUCAAAAUGGAUCCCGCAACAGGGUGUACUCGCUCAUCCGAACAUCAAGCUCUUCAUUUAUCAAGGCGGAUUGCAGAGUACCGAAGAAGCGGUUCAUUAUGCCGUCCCGCUCAUAGGAAUACCAUUUGUCUUCGAUCAGGUGUAUCAAGUUAUGAAAAUGGUUUCUCUGGGAGUAGCAAAACACCUGGAUAUAGUCCAGCUUACGACGCCGGAACUGCGAGACACUAUACUGGAAAUCGCCGGUGAUAAGCGAUACAAAAAUAAAAUGUUGGAGUUACGUGCUCUCACAAAAGACAAGCCUUACGAAAGCUUAGAGAAUGCUAUAUGGUGGAUUGAGUUUGUAAUGCGUCACAAUGGUGCACCUCAUUUACGUUUCAAUGGAGUCGAUACCGCGUGGUAUCAACAAUUCGAUUUAGAUAUCAUUGUAUUCCUGUCGAUAAUAUUAUUCUUAGUUUUAUGUGCUCUCUUAGCUAUUGUAGGAAGGGGUUUAAAGUUUUUCUAUAAAUAUUAUGAUAUAAACAAUCGAUUACAUAAUCUAUUUAAAUCAUGCUUAGAGCUUAAAAUGUUUACGACAAAAAAAAUUAAAUCUACAUAAUCAAAUUUUGUGAAUUAAGAAAUUAAUUAAAGAAUGUGUAAAUCGUUAUUAUAUCGAAAUUUUCCGACAUUCUUUUUGUUUGAACUAUGACAAGCGUUAAGCGAUUUAAGAAACAUGACUAUGCUUUUAUAAAAAAUAAAUAAAAUACCGAAAAUAUGUAAAAUAAUUGCGAAAAUAGACCUCUUUUAUCUCUCGAGCACUUGUGCACUUGUGGAUUUUACAUUGCUCAUUUAUACGAAAAAUAGGGAAGAGAGGAAACCAAGGAAAAAGCGAGAGAGAGCAAAUUUUGGCACAGGGGCGAAUACUGUCAGUAUAAAACUGGUAGUUGAGCGAAAUGGGUUUUGUGAACGUACGAAAUUGCAUCCCAAGAUCCAUUAUGUUCAUUUGUGCGUAUUCAUGGAAUUAUGAGACAGAAAGCAAAAAGAGAGGAGGCUGGAAAAAAUAAGAGGAAAGAAAAAAAGAGGAAGUGAGAAUAUUACGAGGGAUUAUAUAAUGUAUAAUGUGCACGAUCUUACUUUCAAAUUUAUAUAUAAGUAUGCAUGUGCGCUGAAGAUAGACAAUAUAAAAAAAAUUUCAAAUAUGUAACUAUGCUAAUUGAACAACAGAAUUACAAAAUCAUAGGUAUAAAAUAACUUUGUAUAAUAAUUCGAAAAAUAUUGCUAAUUAG